AUGAAUUCUAAAAGAAUGCUGUUAUUGGUUUUAUUUGCUUUUUCACUAAUGUUGGUUGAGCGUUAUUUCAGAAUCCCACAAGUAGAAGAACUUGACUUCAACUGGUUUCAUCCCAGAAAACGCCCUGAUGUUAUAACGAAAACAGACUGGCUUGCUCCCAUUGUAUGGGAAGGGACUUUCGACAGGCAGGUCCUGGAAAAACAUUACAGAAGGCGGAAUAUCACCGUGGGCCUGGCUGUCUUUGCUACUGGCAGGUUUGCAGAGGAGUACCUGAGGCUGUUCCUACACUCCGCGAAUAAGCACUUCAUGACAGGCUACCGAGUGAUCUUCUACAUCAUGGUGGAUGCCUUCCUCCAGCUGCCUGACAUAGAGCCCAGUCCUCUUCGAACGUUCAAAGCAUUUGAAGUGGACGCCGAGAGGUGGUGGCUCGACGGCUCCCUGGUGUACAUGAAGAGCCUGGGUGAACAUAUCACCAGUCACAUCCAGGAUGAGGUGGACUUCCUCUUCAGUAUGGCAGUCAACCAGGUCUUCCAGAAUGAGUUCGGGGUGGAGACGCUGGGCCCAUUGGUGGCCCAGCUCCAUGCCUGGUGGUAUUUCAGAAACACCAAGAAUUUCCCUUAUGAGAGGAGGCCGACCUCAGCAGCUUGCAUCCCGUUUGGACAGGGGGAUUUCUAUUAUGGCAGCUUGAUGGUUGGUGGCACGCCCCAUAAUAUUUUAGACUUCAUCGAAGAAUAUCUGAACGGAGUUAUUCAUGACAUCAAAAAUGGACUCAAUAGCACCUACGAAAAGCACCUGAACAAGUAUUUUUACCUCAAUAAACCCACCAAGCUGUUAUCACCAGAAUACAGCUGGGAUCUUGCAUUUUCUCCUCCUCCGCAGAUCCAAUACGUCAAGGUUGCACAUGAUUCCCACAGGAAAUUAUGAAUUACGCCAUUAGGUUUAUGUCGAAUAAACGAAUCACGGCAAUUUCUUAUAAAUGAGGGAAGUCUUAAAACCCUCCAUUUUUUAGAGACAUACAAAUGUACAUCCUUCCCAAAUAAAUGUUUCUU